AUGCCAAAAUCAAAGACUGAAGACCUUGGGCUGUUCGUAUUAUCAACCGGGAUUGAUCCUGUUAUCGAUAUCGUCGCCAUACAUGGCUUGAAUGGUCACAGAGAGAAGACCUGGACAACGGAGGAUGGGACUCUUUGGCUACGCGACCUCUUGCCAACGUCUUUGCCCCACGCCCGAGUCCUUACCUAUGGUUAUGACGCCGAUACUCAGAGUUAUGAAUGCGUAUCGACGCAAACAAUGCGUAGACAUGCUGAGGGACUAGCUAGAGCCCUUUCGCGGGAACGUAAAGAGGUGCCUCGACGUCCCAUCAUCUUUAUAGCGCAUGAUUUGGGAGGUAUCAUUCUCAAAUGGGCACUCGUCAUCUGCCAUAAUCAGAGCCUAACAUCAAAGGGCGAACUCAGAGACGUUCUCGUAUCUACCCAUGCGAUUCUAUUUUUUGGAACUCCACAUUCCGGCAUGGAAGGCACCCUUCUUGGAACAAUCAAUCGAUUGGCAGCAGCGUUCAUGAAGACGACAGACAUAAUAAUCAAGGAUCUCAAGAGUCACUCUUCUGAACUCGAGAAUAUACAGAGCUUGUAUAUCGCGGCGAGUGAGACAAUACAGAGCAUAUUCUUUUGUGAGGAAUACGAGACUACGAUUGAUGGAAAGGGGGAAAAUGUGAGGGUCCCCUAUCACUCAGCAGUCAUCGCCGGCGACCGAAAUGCCAUAGCGGUCGUGCUCCCUGCUGAUCACCAAAAUCUGGUGAGGUUCCAGACGAUCGAGAGCAACGACUAUAAAACGGUGCUCUAUUAUCUCAAGGACCAUUUCGACAACGCGUUACAGUCGGUGCAUGGCAAAUUUAUCACAGAGGACAGAUUGCGAGUCGUUGCAAAGGGAGGAACUAUCCCCCAAUCUGCCGACAUGUCCUAUAUAUUUCAGCUGCCAAUGGUGGCUUUCGUCCCAUCCUCUGUCCAUAAUACGUGUCUCGAAGGAACACGUCAGGCAGUUCUUGAGGCAAUCUCCCAGUGGGCCAAUGAUGAUACAUCAGGGAAGCCAAUUUUCUGGCUUUGCGACAUAGCCGGCUCUGGAAAAUCGACUGUCGCAAUGUCCGCAGCGGAGAGGUGGAAGAAGGAAGGGAUCCUGGGUGGCCAGUUCUUCUUCUCCAUUGCAAGCAGUGAGGGCUCGACUACGGAGAAGUUCUGUUCCACCAUUGCGAGAGAGCUAGCUCAACGCAUUCCCGAUGCUGCAUCGCACGUAGCCGAAGCCGUGAAGCGGAAUCCUGCUAUCCUAGGAUGCCCCUCUGAUGAGCAGUUCAGAACACUCAUCAGCGAUUCUGUCCAGCACCGGCAAAAACCCGUCAUCUUUGUUAUCGACGCCCUCGACGAAUGCAAAUCUCAGCAACAGAGAAAAGAAAUUCUCAAGACUCUCACUGAUGCCGUGAAGGAGAGUAGAUGCUUUCGAAUAUUUAUCACGAGCCGGCCGGAUCCUGUUAUUCAGGAGGCCCUGGAACCAAUCUCAAUCAGAGACAGGUUGACAGAUGGCCUGACGGAUCGACUCCAUAACACCAAUUAUCCGGAUAACAUGGACGAUGUCGCAACAUAUGUUCAUCAGUCACUGGAUAAUGUGCUUCCGCCUGAGAAGAGGCACAGACUGGUCGAGAAAGCCAACGGGCUGUUCAUUUGGGCGAGUACAGUUUGCCGAAUACUCCAGGACAAAACGACUAUCAUCGAUCCGGACCGUAUAUAUGAUCGCCUUCUCUCGAUCGAUCAGCCCGGUGCAAUAGACGGCGUAUACGAUCUCCUGUUUGAGAGAGCCGGGCAAGCAUCCAAGGCAGUAAUCCAUCAAAUGCUCGCUAUCCUACUUAUAGCGUUCGAGCCGCUCACCGUCAGUGAUCUUGAUGACUUGGUCAAACAUGCAGGAAUAGGUGGAAGCGCGAAAGCGCUGAUGCAAAUCCUUGGAAGCGCGCUCAAGGAGGAUCCAACCACGAGACUGAUCCACUUUCGCCAUCCCACCUUUGUCGAAUACCUUCGACGCCGCCGCAUCAUUCCAAACGUUGAUGGCCUGACGGAGUUCAAUGUGAACGCUUCAAAUGUACAUGGUCAACUGGCGUCCUGGUGUCUCAAAUGCCUCGUAUCGCCGACAGACGGUCUCAAGUUCAAUAUAUGCCAAAUCGAGUCAUCGUUUUACUUGAAUAGACAGAUACCGGAUUUCGAUACCAGAGUAUCGAAUUUCAUCUCAAGGAGACUUCUAUAUGCCAGUUCGCACUGGUCGUUCCAUUUGGCCGAAACCAACGACAGCUGGCGACAACAAUCGGAACAACAGCUCCAGCGUGUGAUAAGGAGCCCAUACCCCUUGUACUGGAUGGAAGUUUUGAGCGCGUCAGGUGGAGUAAUCCGAGCGAUAUCCGGCCUCCGAUCCAUUGCACGCUACCACAGUCUCGAAGCAGAUACUAGGAACCGGAUCACUGAUAUGCGACGUUUCAUGAUAACUUUUCUGGUGCCUCUCCAAGAGAGCGCUGCACAUAUUUACAUCUCGGGAAUACCUUUCAGCCCUCGGAAAUCUCAUCUUCAUAUGGAUGCCGCCGUUAAAUACACAAAGACCCUCAAAGUGGCUCGAGGGCAUGCGGAAGCGUAUCCAGAGCCGCCCCAACGACUUGAUGGCCACGACGAUAGUGUAAUGGCUGUUUCGUUCAGCCCAGAUGGACACCGAAUCGUUUCCAGCUCCUCGGAUAAGACGGUUCGGUUAUGGGAUGUGGAAACUGGCCAGCAAUUAGGAAAGCCACUUCAAGGUCAUACAGGUUCUGUCACGAGCGUCGCAUUGUCGCCGGAUGGGUUGCGAAUCGUCUCUGGCUCGCAUGACCACACGGUUAGGUUAUGGGACGCACAAACUGGUCGACCAAUGGGAGUGCCACUUCGAGGUCAUACAUCUUGGGUCACGAGCGUCGCAUUCUCUCCAGAUGGGUUGCGAAUCGUCUCUGGCUUGUAUGACCACACGAUUAGGUUAUGGGACGCGCAAACUGGCCGACCAUUGGGUGAGCCACUUCAAGGUCAUACAGAUUCUGUCACGAGUGUCGCAUUCUCUCCAGAUGGGUUGCGAAUCGUCUCUGGCUCGCAUGACUGCACGAUUAGGUUAUGGGACGCACAAACUGAUCAACCAAUGGGAGAGCCACUUCGAGGUCAUACAUAUGUGGUCAGGAGCGUCGUAUUCUCGCAAGAUGGGUUGCGAAUCGUCUCUGGCUCGCAUGACCACACGAUUAGGUUAUGGGAUGCACAAACUGGUCAACCAAUAGGAGAGCCACUUCUAGGUCAUACAGAUUGGGUCAGGAGCGUCGCAUUCUCGCCAGAUGGGUUGCGAAUCGUCUCUGGCUCGGAUGACCGCACGAUUAGGUUAUGGGACGCGCAAUCUGGUCAACCAAUGGGAGAGCCACUCAAAGGUCAUACAGAUCGGGUCAUGAGCGUCGCAUUCUCACCAGAUGGGUCGCAAAUUGUCUCCGGCUCGGCAGACCGCACAGUUAGGCUGUGGGUCGUGGGUAGUAACAUAUCAACCACGGUGCUCACAGGUCGUAACUAUGCGAGAAGUGCUAUAUUCCCAGCAGAUGGCAGGCACAUCCUCCCUCGCUUGGCUGCCGACGUCAAGCGACGCUGGAAUACAAUGACACAGGCAAUCUCAAAAAAUCAACUUCGAGACGAUACAUAUCAGAUAACAAGCAUUGCAUCCUCGCCAGAUGGGUUGCAAAUUGUCUCUGGCUCGGAUGAUCACACGAUUAGGUUAUGGGACGCGCAAACUGGUCAGCCAAUGGGAGACCCACUUCGAGGUCAUACAUAUUCGAUCAAGAGUGUCGCAUUCUCGCCAGAUGGGUUGCGAAUCGUCUCUGGCUCGGAUGACGCCACGAUUAGGUUAUGGGACGCAAAAAAUGGUCAACCAAUGGGAAACCCACUUCGAGGUCAUACAGAUUGGGUCCGGAGCGUCGCAUUCUCGCCAGAUGGGUUGCGAAUCGUCUCUGGCUCGGAUGACCGCACGAUUCGGUUAUGGGACGCACAAACUGGCCAACCAACGGGAGAGCCACUUCGAGGUCAUACGCAUUGGGUCAGGAGCGUCGCAUUCUCGCCAGAUGGGUUGCGAAUCGUCUCGGGCUCGCGUGACCAGACGAUUAGGUUAUGGGACGCACAAACUGGUAAUCCAUUGGGAGAGCCACUUCUAUGUCACACAGAUUGGGUCACGAGUGUCGCAUUCUCGCGAGAUGGGCUGAGAGUCUGCUCUGGCUCGUCUGAUGGCACUGUUAGGCUGUGGGAUGUAGCUAACUAUAUGCGUGUGGAGUCCCUGGAGCCAGGAGCCAAAGACCAUGGGGCUCCUCUCUGUGUGGUGCAACCGGGUACUUUUCUACCCAUUGCUGUGCCUGGAAUCGAACCGUGCUAUCUUUUGGAGGAUGGUUGGGUGUGCUCCAUGAGCAAGUACCUUUUCUGGGUACCGCCUGAGUAUCGGGCCAGUCUGAAAGACCUGCGUUCCCUCCUAUGCAUACCAGAGGCGAGGUUGCCACAGAUUGUCAAGCUUGACUUUACUGAUUUUCAAUGUGGACCAUCCUGGGUGAAUGUUCUAUAG